AUGUCUUCGCCCCAAAAUCAAUCAAGCCCGGAUCCCGAGCAGAGCAACCAACAGGCUAACGGUUUACAAAACCAUCAAUCGUUACAACAGCAACAACAACAGCAGCAGCAACAGCAACAACAAGAGCAAAAUCAGGCGAUUCAACAACAGAAUCAGUUGCAACAGCAACAACAAAGCCUACAGCAGGCGCUGCAACAACAAAGUCAGACUUUACAGCAAACGUUGCAGCAACAGCAGCAUAAUCAACAGACCCUGCAACAAAUGCUACAAGAGCAACAACAGCAGCAACAACAACAGCAUCAACAACAUCAACAACAGCAUCAAAAUAUUCAACACUCACAAGAUCAACAGAAUGCGCAGAACCUACAACAGUUACACGUAAGCCAAGCGCAGGCGAACGCUCUCGCACAGGCUCAGGCCGCGUUGCAACAGCAAGUUGUUCAGUCAUUUCAACAACAACAGCAAAAUCUGCAUGACCACAUACAGGCUGUCCAGCAACAACAGAUUCAAGCCGCUUUACAGCGACAGUCAGCUACGUUACAGGAAUUACAACAACAGGCUCAACAACAGCAAGAGCUACACCGGACAUCAAAAGUGAGAAUGCCACGAGCGCGAGCGUAUAACAAGCCACGCGGUAGGAUGACCGCGUAUGCCUUCUUCGUGCAGACAUGUCGUGAGGAACACAAAAAGAAACACCCAGAAGAGAACGUCAUAUUCGCUGCGUUUUCGAAGAAAUGCGCCGAAAGAUGGAAUACAAUGUCGAAGAAAGAGAAGCAGAGGUUCCACGACAUGGCAGAGCAAGAUAAGCAACGCUACGAUCUGGAGAUGCAGAAUUACGUGCCGCCUAAAGACGUCAAAGUGCGCGGGCGCAAACGCCAUCAAGUGAAGGACCCGAAUGCGCCCAAAAGAUCGCUAUCUGCAUUCUUCUGGUUCUGCAAUGACGAACGUUCGAAAGUGAAAGCCAACAAUCCAGAGUACACAAUGGGCGACAUCGCCAAGGAACUGGGCAGACGCUGGGCUGCUGCUGACCCCGAAAUUAAGUCCAAAUACGAAUCGCUGUCAGAACAGGAUAAGGCGAGAUAUGAUAGGGAAAUGACAGCCUACAAAAAAGCAUUAGAGCAGCAGCAGUCGCAACCGGAAGUCCAUGAAGAGGAAGAGUAUGAAGCAGAAGAGGAUUUCAAGUGUUAA